AUGAAGAGUAUCCUCCUACGCCAUCCCAAUCUUCAUGUCUCUACUCUUGAUUCACCCCAGUACGAAAUUAAAGGCAUUACACCCCUUUGCCUGGCCAGUUACCUUGGAAAGGCAGACAUCAUCCAAUUACUGUUGGAUGACGGGCGAGUGAAUGUCGACGGUGCAGACAGUAAACAAGCCACAGCCCUCAUGUAUGCCUCACGAGAUGGAAAUGUGCCAAUUGUGAAGAUGCUUCUGAGUUAUCAUGCUUCGCCUGAUGCCACUGAUAAUCACGGCUGGUCUGCUAUUCAAUACGCCGAACGCAGUCCAGAUAUUGUACAAGCGUGCGAAGAAUCUCUUCGGUGCAGAAGACCUGAUGUGGCAGUAAGGAAGAUAAAUAAAUAA